AUGGUGCUCUCUAAGGGAUCUGGCUCACUCUUCUCAAAUCCUACCAAGUAUCAUCAGGUUGUUGAUGCCCUUCAGUAUGUCAUGCUCACUCGUCCUGAUCUUGCCUUUGCUGUCAACAAGGUAUGCCAAUUCAUGCACCAGCCUACUGAUGAUCACUGGAUGGUCGUCAAACAGAUCCUCCACUACCUUCGUAGCACCUCCUCCCAUGGGCUAUUCAUCCGUCGGGACUCUCCAUUUUUGCUUGAGGCCUAUUAUGACUCUGAUUGCGCGAGAUGUCUAGAUGAUCGUCACUCCACCUGUGGUUUUUCCAUGUUUCUUGGCAACAAUCUCAUCUCUUCGACCUCCCGCAAACAGCGCACUGUCUCCCAGUCCUCCACUGAGUUUGAAUAUAAAGCUCUUGCCGACACUGCUGCCGAGCUCACAUGGAUACAAUCCCUCUUUCGGAAACUUGGUAUCUCUCUCCGCUCCAUUCCGACUCUCUGGCGUGAUAACCUUGUGGACACUUAUCUAUCGGCCAACCCGGUGUUUCAUGCUCGCACUAAACAUGUGGAAAUUAAUUUUCAAUUUGUUCAAGAGAAGGUAGCCCGUCAUGAUUUACAGGUUCAGUUUAUCUCCACUCAUGACCAGUUGGCCGAUAUUCUCACUAAGGCGCUUUCUUCUCAACGUUUCGAUUGUUUACGCUCCAAGCUUCAGGUCGUUUCCCGCCCUUAG